AUGGCAGAAUCAGAAGAGAACAAAGAAGAGAAAGGAGGACGAAAUCCAACAAGAGGCAGGUCGAUGAUGGUGAAAGAAGAAGAGAAGGACACGAAAAGCGAGGAAUCGGAGAGAGAAAAGACGAAUAAAAUGGCGAUGCAAGGCAGGACACACGGUACGGAGCAUGACCCUGCAAUGCCAGUUGCGUACGGAGAAAAUGGCAGGGGUUGCUUUCCUGUUACGUUUAACGCUACAGGGGAACGGCCCUUCAAGAUGAGGGGUUGUCUCUUUCGCUCUUUCAUGGGGUGGGACAGGCUGAAAACCACCAAAGUGCCCUUAACUUCUUCGGUGAAAAAGAAACAGGCGGUUAUGAUGAUGUGUAAAGUCAACAUGAUUGGUUGGAUGCCUGACACAGUCAGUGCUUGGGUUUUGGGCUUUCUGGCCGUUGAUGUUAGAGAGUACGAUAGUACAAGAUCUUGUGGUAAUGCGGAGAGGAUUCUAAAUCCUUAA